AUGGCAAAGGAGAAAGCAACCAGCAACCCAACAUCUACCGCCGGUGACAACACCCCAGAAGUCCAAGCUACAGCGGAGACGCGGCCGCCGAGUCCACAACAAUCACAGCCAAUGCCGACGCCACAAAUUCCGGAAAUGGUUCCUUUAGACGCACUGGCGGUGUAUCUAAUGUUGCAUGACCCAAACAAAGAUUGGACAGCGACCCUGGCUGGAUUUAGCCUGACCGGAGGAAUGCCGGCGAUACCAAACCCUACCCCAACUAAAAAACCUCUCCAAUGGCAACUGCACCGUCGGAACCCUCUAACCCUUUUCCCAUACACCAACAAACAAGCAGAACCACUCGACGUCAGCCCGUUUUCCGCCUAUCAAGACCCCAAUUGGGGAGAAACAGAGGAAAAAGACAGCGAAGGUAAGGCGAGCGAAGGAGGGGAGGAUAAAUCAGAGGAAACACCGAUUGCAGAAGCCGCAACCCAAGAAGCAGAGAGGGAGGAGAUAGAUCUGAAUGAAAUGGCCAGGAAGCAAGGGCUAAUGACAGAUAAUGAGUUCCAAUCGAUUUUGGGUGGGGGAGAUAGGAUAGUGGUAAAUUCUGAAGGAGUGGCUGAGGUUCUUGACCUCGCAUCCCAGGCAGUAGGAGGAGGGGAAACAGCCAUGGUAGCGGAUGAGUCAGAGGGGGUAGUCCACCAGCCAGUGGAGGAAGUGAGGAAAGAGCAACCCGAAGAAAACGACUCCAAGGCAGAAAGGCAGAAACCAAAGAGAGUGUCACAGAGAUGCUUCGGAAAGUGGACGUCCAACAAGGCAGGAGCAAACACGGCAGCAGAUGCAGUGGAGAUCUCUAGUGAAGAUGAGAGGACUACUCCUACAAAACCUGGGGAGAAACCCUCGACAACUAGCCAGAAGGACGCGCCAAUGGCAACAAGGACGAGUUCGUCAACGCAAAUUGACCAGAAGGAAGAGGCUAACAAGGUGGCUGAGGGUCUGGACCUCACAUCGAAGUCAGUAGGUCAGGAGGAGGAAACAAACGACGAUACCAGUGACUGCUUGGUGACCGAGCCUACUGCCCAAGUAGAGCAUUCAACACUAGCAGGGGAGGAAAAUAAGGAAGACGAAAGUGAAGACAAGUACCUCCAGGAGAGGAAGCGAAAGGGGAAGGCCCCUGCCAAGAAGAAGCAGGUCGUAAAGAAACAACGAACAGCUAACACCACCAUAGUGAUCUGA